CCCCGCCCCGCUCUGGGCGGCCGUGCGUUCUGCCCUCCUCGGACUCUGCCCGAUCCGACCCGACGCCGCGGCAGCCGGGCUCCGGGGUUGGUCGGGAUCUGGGUCAAUGGCGGUUCGAGGACCCGCGCCGAGGGCUGGCGCCAGGCCCAGAUUAGAUCUGCGGUUUCUCCAGCGGUUCCUGCAGAUACAAAAGGUUUUGUUUCCCUCCUGCUCAUCACAGAACGCCUUGAUGUUCCUGACCCUUUUGGGUGUGGCCCUCCUGGAACAACUGGUGAUCUACCAGGUUGGCUUGAUCCCCAGUCAGUACUACAGGGUCCUGGGAAACAAAGACUUGGACGGGUUUAAGGCCCUGACAUUCCUGGCUGUUGUGCUCAUCGUCCUCAACUCCAUGCUGAAGAGCUUUGACCAGUUCACCUGCAACCUGCUGUAUGUGAGCUGGAGGAAGGACCUCACCGAGCAUCUCCACCACCUCUACUUCCGCGGCCGCGUGUACUACACCCUCAACGUGCUGCGGGAUGACAUCGACAACCCGGACCAGCGCAUCAGCCAGGACGUGGAGCGGUUCUGCCGGCAGCUCAGCAGCAUGGCCAGCCAGCUGAUCAUCUCGCCCUUCACCCUGGCCUAUUACACCUAUCAGUGCUUCCAAAGCACAGGCUGGCUCGGGCCCGUGAGCAUCUUCGGGUAUUUCAUCCUGGGAACUGUGGUGAACAAAAUGUUGAUGGGGCCCAUUGUGGCGAAGCUGGUGCAGCAGGAAAAGCUGGAGGGGGAUUUCAGGUUCAAGCACAUGCAGAUCCGCGUGAAUGCUGAGCCUGCUGCUUUCUUCAGGGCUGGGCAUGUGGAGCACAUGAGGACAGACCGCAGGCUGCAGAGACUCCUUCAGACGCAGAGGGAGCUGAUGUCCAAGGAGCUCUGGCUGUACAUGGGUAUCAACACGUUUGACUAUCUGGGCAGCAUCCUGAGUUAUGUUGUGAUCGCAAUCCCCAUUUUCAGUGGCGUUUAUGGAGACCUUAGCCCCACAGAGCUCAGCACCCUGGUCAGCAAGAAUGCCUUCGUGUGCAUUUAUCUCAUCAGCUGCUUCACCCGGCUCAUCGACCUCUCCACCACUCUCUCAGAUGUGGCUGGUUACACCCACAGGAUUGGGGAGCUGGAGGAGACCCUGCUGGACAUGUCCCUGAAGUCACAGGACGGCGAGCUCCUGGACGAGGGCGAGUGGGACUCACACAGGGCCCCGGGAUGGCCAGCAGCAGAGCCAGCGGACACAGCUUUUCUCCUGGAUCGGGUCUGCAUCUCUGCGCCCUCCUCUAACAAGCCCUUAAUCAAGGAUCUGAGCCUAAAGAUCUCCGAGGGGCAGAGCCUGCUCAUCACCGGCAACACGGGCACCGGCAAGACCUCCUUGCUCCGCGUGCUGGGUGGCCUCUGGGCGAGCACACGGGGCUCAAUGCAGAUGCUGGUGGACUUUGGACCCCAUGGGGUGCUGUUCCUGCCACAGAAGCCAUUCUUCACCGACGGCACCCUUCGGGAGCAGGUGAUAUACCCCCUGAAGGAGAUCUACCCGGACUCAGGUUCUACUGAUGAUGAGAGGAUCAUGAGGUUCUUGGAGUUGGCAGGCCUGUCCGACUUGGUGGCGAGGACAGAGGGGCUGGACCACCAGGUCGAUUGGAACUGGUAUGACGUUCUGUCCCCCGGAGAGAUGCAGAGGCUUUCUUUUGCCCGGCUCUUCUACCUGCAGCCGAAGUACGCAGUGCUUGAUGAAGCCACCAGUGCCCUGACUGAGGAGGUGGAGAGUGAACUCUACCGCAUCGGCCAACAGCUAGGCAUAACGUUUAUCAGCGUGGGACAUCGGCGCAGCCUCGAGAAGUUUCACUCCUGGGUUCUGAAACUCUGCGGAGAAGGAAGGUGGGAACUGACCAGAAUCAAAGUGGACUGAAGCCAAGGAUGUGGCUGGCCACUGAAAGGAGAGCCAAGCUCGGGGCAUGGCCGUGCCCAGGAGACACCCAGAGGCCCAGGUUCGUCUCACAGGUUCUUUGCAAGGAGCGCUGGCAGCAGUGGCCCACCUAGGUGUGGCCUCCAUGGGGUGCUAGUCCUGCCAGGCUUCCUGCUACCUCAGCCAGGGUGCCAGACAUUUGAAGUGCUAACUAUUUACUUACAAAUUACUUCAGAUUUGUUUUCUAAAGAAAAACCUAAAAGUGAGGACUCCGUAAGCAAUGAAGGAUCCGUGUGGAGAGAAUGUUGGACUUGGAGUCAAGAGAUUCAGAAAUCUUUUUAAUUGGUGAAAUUAUACAACAACAGGUUUUUAACUUGAAUCAGCUAUUUAAAUCUUAUAACUUCUUUUUUAUAUAAAAUAUAAACAUUAAAAAUAUUUACAACUUUC